UACGUUUUUGAUAUAACAAUAAGUCAUUAGUAGUUGAAUAGUAAUCGAACAUUUGUUUAUUUAACUAUUUCAACAUGACAUUCAUAAAUAAAGUGGUGUUAGUGACUGGUGCAGGUUCCGGUAUAGGUGAAGCUAUAGCAAAACAUUUUGCCAAAUUAUCAGCUAGAUUAUCUCUGGUUGACGUAAAUAGUGGAAACUUGAAAAAAACUGCAGAAGCGUGCGAAAAAUUAUCUCGCUCUAAAGUUUUCACAACAGUAACUGAUUUAACGAAUGACGAAGAUAUAAGAAGUCUAAUAGCAAAAACGGCUAAAGAAUAUGGAAGAAUUGAUAUUGUUAUUAACUGUGCAGCUACAAUAGGAACAAAGACAAUUACUGAUCCUGAUAUGAUUCAAGAAUUUGAUCAAAUAUUGGCAUUAAAUUUGAGGUCUGUUGUAUCGCUUACAUGUGCUGUCGCACCUGAGUUGAUCAAAAGUAAAGGAUCCAUGAUUAAUAUAUCCAGUGUUACUUCAUCAUUACCAUCUAUAAGUUUGGGAUAUAGCGUUUCAAAAGCAGCUUUGUGUCAUUUCACUAGAUGUAUGGCAUCGGACCUAGCCAAUCAUGGUGUAAGAGUUAACCUUAUUACACCAAGUUUAGUCAAGACUAAUAUUUUUUGUAAUGCUGGAGUAAAUGAGUAUGAUAUUGAGCAUAUCUGGAAUAAAGCGCCUUCAUUUUCUCUACUGAACCGUAUGGUGAAAGCAGAAGAAGUGGCUGAAGUAGCUGCAUUUUUGGCUAGUGAUAAGGCUAUUGGUAUAACUGGUGCAGACUAUAAAAUAGAUUGUGGAAUGUCUCUUAAAAGAACACCUGAUAUUCUUAUAGCGUAGUUGCGCGAUCUUUUUGGUUGAAUUUAAUUUGACAUUUUGAGUUGAGAGACACACAUUUUUGAGUUGAGAUUUUUAUACGCACACAUUGUUGGAUACAUUUUCAAUCAAUUUAAAAAUAACAAAGGAUUGUGUAAAACGAUUCGUCCUUAUAGUGGUUAUUGAACAAAAAAGCACGUCGUUACAUCUGGCAUGCCCCUGCUGGUUAUGGGAUUUUUAUGGCGCGUGAAAUCCUGCUUUAGAAAUCAUAGAAUUUAAAUAUAUGUUUUUCUUGGGA